AUGGGCGUUCAGAAAAAGACUCGCAAAUUCGCAGAGGUGAAACGAGUUAUCGGUCGUCGCGAUGCCAGACUAAAGGAAAACAAACUCAAGGCUGAGCUCGCUCAGAAGGAGAAGGAAAAGAAGACCAUCAAUGGCGAGCUCAUCAGAGAAGCGCCUCAGAUGCCCAGCAACAUGUUCUUUCAACACAACACAGCUCUCGUUCCUCCCUACAACGUCCUUGUGGAUACCAACUUUCUCAGUCACUCGGUUCAGCGAAAGCUCUCUCUUCUCGACUCCAUGAUGGAUUGCCUCUAUGCGAAGUGUAACCCUAUCAUCACAUCCUGUGUGAUGAGCGAACUUGAGAAGCUCGGACCCAAGUAUCGACUGGCCCUAAGGGUUGCAAGAGACGAACGAUGGACACGGCUUGAAUGCGAUCACAAGGGCACCUAUGCAGACGAUUGUCUAGUGGACAGGGUGCAGAAAUCCAGAAUCUAUAUCGUGGGGACAAAUGAUAAGGCACUCAAGCAACGGCUACGAAAGAUUCCCGGUGUGCCAAUCAUGAGUGUGGCAAGGGCCAAGUACGUGAUAGAGAGGUUGCCCGUAUUGUUGACACUUAAGUUGUUCCUUGACCUUCGGAACGCUCUCACACCAGCGCAUUAUCUGACGGAGAUGGAAUCCAGCCCGAAUGAUAAUGAUCAGUCAUCAACAUCUGAAGCCCGCCAGAAGCGCUCACGCGUUCUUCUAUCAUGUGCACCAUGUCGCAACUCAAAGUUGAAAUGUGAUAGAGAGCAACCAUGUGGGCAAUGCUCCAAAAAGGGACGCGCAUCUCAGUGCACCUACGCCCCAAAACCUGAACGGAAACGGCCUGCCAAGGGCAUGUCCGCGCGUUUGAAGCGUCUCGAGGGCAUGGUGCGGGAGAUGAUGGAUUCUGAAGGUGUAGCCCCUGGAACCCAAGUAGGUACCGGAACUGGGGCAGCAUUGGCGAAUGGUACUGCUACAGGACCGGACGUCCAAGGCCACGUCGUACACAGCAAGAAAGGGGCGACCUACGUUGGCGCAACGCAUUGUAUGGCAAUGUUGGAAGAUAUUGAGGACUUGAAAGACUACUUUGAACAGCCCGAAGAAGCUGGAGAGGAUCAAUUCCUAGACGAUGAGAUUGAUCCCACAGAAGUCAUGUUGAACACAAGAGCUGGACCAAGAAACCGUGAGGAGCUAUUAGGUCGCCUACCGGAGAGAAAGGUCGCAGAUAGACUUCUUUCGCGUUACUUUGCGUCGAUGAGUCCUUCGCAGCAUAUUGUUCACCGGCCAGUUUUUACCAGGCAGUAUUCUAAGUUCUGGCAAGAUCCUAACGAAGCAUCAUUGCAUUGGAUAGCACAAUUGUUCAUGAUGCUCAGCCUUGGCGUCUUUUUCAAUAACUUUAUCAAUUCAAGUGAGCUCGAGGGUGACUCUCCUCUCCCAGCUCAGGACAGGAUCCGUCACUACAAGGCUUGUGCUGGUUGGGCUCUCGUCUGGGGCAAAUACACGCAACCAUCCUCGGCAACACUCCCUGCGUUCUUGCUCUACGUCGAGUCAUCCUUCCUCUUCAACCGUGCAGCUCAAAUGAACUGCUACGUACUCUCAGGCGUGUGUAUCCGUCUGAUGCUCAAGAUGGGUCUCCAUAGAGACCCAAGUAAGCUCGCGAACAUCUCACCUUAUGAGGGCGAGAUGCGGAGGCGCAUGUGGAACAUGGCCAUUCAAGUCGAACUUCUCGUCUCUUUCCACAUGGGCCUUCCGAGCAUGCUGCAAGGUAUAGAAACCGAUACCGCAGUACCAAGAAAUCUAGAUGACCAUGACUUUGACGAAGAUUCAACGGAACUGCCUCUUAGUCGACCGCCUACAGACUGGACCUCCAUGACAUAUCCAAUCCACAAGACGCAGAUUCUUCGGGUGUUUGGACAGAUCGCGAGACAAGCUCAUGCUCUGACACCGCCAAGUUAUGCUGAGGUCGCCAAGCUCGAUAACUUGCUGCACGAGACUUGGAAGAGUGUCCCAUCUUUCAUGAUGGUACGGCCACUAGAUGAGUGUGUCGGUGAUCCACCCGUUCUGCUCAUCCAACGUUUCGGGUUGACAGCCCUAUACAACAAAUGCCGUAUUGUAUUGCAUCGUCGGUAUCUCGCAGAGGCAAUUCCGCAACGUGAGCAUGAUUACUCACGCAGGCAAUGUCUGGAGGGUGCUUUGUCGCUGCUCAAUUACCAACACAUCAUCUGGGAAGCUUUUCAUGACUUUCUCAUGGCCGCAAUGGUGCUUUACCUCGUCGUCAAGAAUGAAAACUACUCAGAGGUUGGAAGUGACUAUGACUGGAUAUCGCAGACUGCACCAACACCAACUAAAAAUGAAUUAAUUUGUAUGAUCAAGAGGUCUUGGCUCAUCUGGUCUGAUGUGUCACGAAACGCAGUGGAAGUCAAGAAAACAGCAGAUACACUGGCUACAAUGUUGGCCAAGCUCGGAGCUCCAGUUGAAGAGCCGGCAAGUGCCCUUGAACAAGGUGUUCCCAGUGCUAGUGGUGAUAACCAAUACUCUUCGCUUGGGGCACCAUCUGUAGACCCUAGCACACUGGGGUCGAUCGGAGGUGAUCCGGCACUGCUCUCGAGUCUGGGGUUGGGCUCAUCAACGGGAUCUACAUCAGACCAGACACCCCUGGAUCUCAAUCUGGCAGGAGAUGCAGGAACUAGCAUGAACUUUACGAAUAUGGGGACGGAAGGUCUUCAGUUUGAUCCGACUUGGAUGGAUACCGCAGCCAGCAACAUGGACUGGCGUUACCUCGAUAUAUCCCUGGCUCACAGUCAUGACGCUGGACGCAACGAAGACACUGGCCAAACGUGGAUAGAGAGGGCACCACCAUUGGAACAAAUGGAUAUCAUGAGUUCAGGAAUCUGGAUUCCAGAUCAUCCUGAAUCGACUUGA